AUGAGUCGCCCCGACAUUACUCUCUACACGGCCCAGACUCCCAAUGGGAUCAAGAUCUCCAUUGCUUUGGAGGAGCUGGGUCUCCCAUACAAGGUCGAGAAGAUCGACAUCAGCAAGAACACUCAGAAGGAACCCUGGUUCCUUGAGAUCAACCCGAACGGCCGUAUCCCCGCAUUGACCGACACCUUCACCGACGGCCAGAAGAUCCGCCUCUUCGAGUCCGGCAGCAUCCUCACCUACCUUGCAGAGCAGUACGACAAGGACCACAAGAUCUCGUACCCGCGCGGCACGCGCGAGUACUACGAGAUGAUCAGCUGGCUGUACUUCCAGAACGCCGGCGUGGGCCCGAUGCAGGGCCAGGCGAACCACUUCGUGCGCUACGCGCCCGAGCGCAUCGAGUACGGCAUGAAUCGCUACGUCAACGAGACCCGCCGCCUCUACGGUGUGCUCGACAAGCAUCUCUCCACCUCCUCCUCCGGCUACCUCGUCGGCGACCACGUCUCCAUCGCCGACAUCUCCCACUGGGGCUGGAUCGCCUGCGCCGGCUGGUCCGGCGUUGACAUCGACGAGUUCCCCCAUCUCAAGGCCUGGGAGGACCGCAUGGCUGCCCGUGAGGGCGUCGAGAAGGGCCGCCAUGUGCCCUCUCCGCAUACCAUCAAGGAUUUGCUCAAGGAUAAGAAGGCCAUGGAGGAGCACGCGGCCCAGUCGCGCGCGUGGAUCCAGCAGGGUAUGAAGGCUGAUGCGAAGCACUAG